UGAGGAGGAGAGAGAGUGAGAGAGAUAAGAGUGAGAGCCACAAAUUCAAUUCAUAUAUAGAGAGAGAAAAGGAGAGAGAGAGAGAGAUCGAGAGAUAGAGAGAGAGUUUGUGUGUCAGUUGCGUAUGUCUGGAGAUGGAUAAAGGAUUUGGUGGCGAUGACUCUUCUUCUUCUCUAUCCUAUUCCAGCAGCAGCAGUAGCACUAGAGAUAUGUACCUCAAACAUGUGAACAGAAACUCCCAUAAGAUCUCUAAGCCCGUUCGGAGGCCUCUCCCUCUUCCCACCGCUGCUUCGUCUUCUUCUUCUUCUGCAAUCCCAAUUCUUGAUCCCAAUCCACAGCUUUCCGCCCAGCCCCAGCCCCAGUCGCAGCAACCACCAGUGUACAACAUCAACAAGAACGAUUUCCGCGAUGUCGUUCAGAAGCUCACGGGCUCUCCCGCACACGAGCGCAAUCCGACACCACCCCCGCCGGCCAAUCAGUCGAGACCGCCCAGCUCCCGUCUGCAAAGGAUUCGACCGCCUCCACUCGCCCAAAUUAGCAAACCCCCUCCUCAGCUGACCCAGAUAUUUCCUCGUCCCCAAGACGAAGCCGGUCAACGCGCCGCGGUGCAGCCAUUCACCCCCCUGCCGCCUUUGCCCUCUGUUCACCCGGCGGCUGAGUCACCAAUCUCUGCCUACAUGCGGUUCCUCCAGAGCUCCUCAGCUUCCCGUGCACCUUCGCCUCUGUUGAAUGGAGCGGUUGGUCCUCGUCCCGAUUCUUCGCUGCCCCCAAAUGACGUAAGUCAUCGGGCGGCCCAGCCUCAGCCCUUCUCGCCGCUGCUUCCGGCCGAAUCCCCUGUCUCGGCUUACAUGCGUUUCCUCCAGAAUUCCUACUCUUUAGCUACUGCUUCACCACGGUGCAGCGUUGUUGGACCACCUCAGCAGCCUCCGCUUCUCCCGCCGCAGGAGCACCCGCCUGUUCCACCAUCUGCUUCUUGUCCAUCGCCUUUUCCGGUGCUGCCGCUGUCACCUCUGCCAUUCGGAUGCAUUCCUUCGCCGAGGUCUCCCUACGGCACGCUGUUUUCACCAACGGGCCAAUUGGGCUUGCCCCAGCUGCCUCUAUCGCCAACUCUGCCGGUGCCAAGCCCAAGGUGGAAGGGCAUGUAACGUAUUUCAGUAAAGCACAAAGAAAGGUAAGUUACUUAGAUUUUUAUAGCGGUGAAACUGUAAUUUGCUCAUGUACAUGGUUUUGGGAGAUUAUAGUAAAAAAUGACUUAUUUAUUACAAUGAACAUUAGAGAAAUGUAGGUCUGCUGUUUGAUUAGUGUUCUUUACAUGAAUGUGAAGGCAGUCAGUGAAGGAGGACCUGAAGUUGAUUCUUUUGCUAGUUUAUGCGUUUUUUGAAUCUAUUGGAUUUGUGGACAUUCAGUUUUGAUAUUAUAUGUUUACUGCAUUCAUUAUGAAACCU